AUCCAUUGACGAAGUGAAAAUGGAGGAAAACAAUGACUCCACAGAGAGCUCCCAAGGCCAAGGGCGGCAAAGCGCCACCAAGUGCGGGUGGCUGAGGAAGCAAGGAGGCUUCGUCAAGACGUGGCACACCCGCUGGUUUGUGCUCAAGGGGGAUCAGCUUUGUUAUUUCAAAGAUGAAGAUGAAACCAAGCCCCUGGGUACUAUUCUUCUGCCUGGAAAUAAAGUCAUUGAGCACCCGUGCAAUGAAGAGAACCCGGGGAAAUUCCUUUUUGAAGUAGUUCCAGGAGGUGAACGAGAUCGGAUGACAACGAAUCAUGAGAGCUAUCUCCUCAUGGCGAGCACCCAGAGUGACAUGGAAGACUGGGUCAAGUCCAUCCGCCGAGUCAUAUGGGGGCCUUUUGGAGGAGGUAUUUUUGGACAGAAACUGGAAGACACAGUCCGGUAUGAAAGGAGAUACGGGAACCGGCUGGCACCCAUGCUGGUGGAGCAGUGUGUGGACUUCAUCCGGCAGCGCGGGCUGAAGGAAGAGGGCCUCUUCCGGCUGCCUGGCCAGGCUAACCUCGUCAAGGAGCUCCAGGAUGCAUUCGACUGUGGAGAAAAGCCGUCCUUUGACAGCAACACGGACGUCCACACCGUGGCAUCCCUGCUGAAGCUCUAUCUCCGAGAACUCCCGGAACCCGUCAUUCCUUACGCCAAGUAUGAGGACUUUUUGUCAUGUGCCACGCUGCUCAGCAAGGAAGAGGACACAGGUGUUAAGGAGUUAAUGAAGCAAGUGAAGAGUUUGCCCGUGGUUAACUACAACCUCCUCAAGUAUAUUUGCAGGUUUCUGGAUGAAGUGCAGUCCUACUCAGGAGUUAACAAGAUGAGCGCUCAGAACUUGGCAACUGUCUUUGGUCCCAACAUCCUGCGCCCGAAGGUGGAAGAUCCUUUGACUAUCAUGGAGGGCACGGUGGUGGUCCAGCAGUUGAUGUCAGUGAUGAUUAGCAGACAUGACUGUCUCUUCCCCAAAGACACAGAACUGCAGAGCAAGCCCCAAGAUGGGCUGAGCGGGAACAGCAACGACGGCCAUAAGAAAGCCACCACGGGUCAGUUACAGAACAGGGAAAACAACAACACCAAGGAGAGCCCUGGCAGGCGGUGCUCUUGGGACAAGCCCGAGUCCCCGCAGAGAAGCAACAUGGACAACGGAUCCCCCACAGCGCUAUCAGGCAGCAAAGCGAACAGCCCAAGGAGCAGCAUGCACAAGCUGGAUGUCUCCAGGAGCCCGCCUCUCAUGGUCAAGAAGAACCCGGCCUUCAAUAAAGGCAGUGGUAUAGUCACCAAUGGGUCCUUCAGCAGCAGUAACGCAGAAAGUGUCGAGAAAACCCAAAUCACCCCUAGUGGGAGCCUACAAGCCAGAAGGACCUCUUCCCUGAAGAGUUCUGGUACCAAAAUGGGCACCCAAAGUGUACAGAACGGAACCGUCCGCGUAGGUCUUUUGAACUCUGACACGCAAGGGAAUCCCUUGAAUGGUCGAAGCAUGAGUUGGCUACCCAAUGGCUAUGUGACCCUGAGAGACAACAAACAGAAGGAGCAAACUGGAGAGUCAGGCCAGCACAACAGACUCUCCACCUAUGACAAUGUCCAUCAGCAGUUCUCACUGAUGAGCCUCGAUGACAAGCACAGCGUGGACAGCGCCACCUGGUCCACCUCCUCCUGUGAAAUCUCCCUCCCCGAGAAUUCCAAUUCCUGUCGCUCCUCCACCACCACCUGCCCAGAGCAAGACUUUUACGGUGGGAACUUUGAGGACCCUGUUUUAGAUGGGCCCCCACAGGAUGACCUUUCACAUCCUGGGGACUACGAGAACAAAAGUGACCGCAGGAGCGUGGGGGGUCGCAGUAGCCGUGCCACCAGCAGCAGCGACAACAGUGAGACAUUUGUCGGCAACAACACCAGCAACCACAGUGCACUUCACAGUUUAGUCUCCAGCCUGAAACAGGAAAUGACCAAGCAGAAGAUCGAAUAUGAGUCCAGGAUAAAGAGCUUGGAACAGCGGAAUCUGACUUUGGAAACGGAAAUGCUGAGUCUCCACGAUGAACUGGACCAAGAGAGGAAAAAGUUCACCAUGAUAGAGAUCAAGAUGAGAAAUGCCGAACGAGCCAAGGAGGAUGCUGAGAAAAGGAACGACAUGCUCCAGAGAGAGAUGGAGCAGUUCUUCUCCACGUUCGGGGACCUGACGGUGGAACCCAGGAGAAGUGAGAGAGGAAACACAAUUUGGAUCCAGUGAGCCCUCCUCUCAGGUCCUGCCUGGGCGGCUCUAGCGAAGGGUUCCGAGGGACUUGGGGGCAAACGGGGUCAGUCGGGGAAACGAAGGUGUGGGAUCAGAUGGCUGGUCCGCGUAGAGCUUCACCUGGUGCGGGAAUCUCACUUCCAGACAUCACUAUCCAUAUGCUCAGUGUGUAACCAAAGCUGUGCCACGCU